CGGCUCCGAGUUGAGAGGAGCAGCUGAGCACCGCUCGUACUAGGACAUGGCAGUACGUAGUUAGUUAGGGCGGGCGCGUGAGAAGAGAACCGAAUGUUACAGUAGCUCUAGUAGCUGUAGCUAGAGCAUGGAAGGCGCCGGCGACUUCACCUUCGCCGUUGCCGCGCCUCUGGCAGGCGCCGGCGGCCCACGGGUAGGCCCCGGUCUGCUGUACCCGGUCUUCGGCCAGCCGCGCUCACCGGCGCGCCAGCGGGCUCUGGAGACGGAGACGACGACGGCCACCGAGCGCGUGCCGCUCGGGCGGCUUCUGCUCGUCGACGCGUUCGGCUUCGGAGCAGGAGCGGAGCAGCAGCCGGAUGGCGGGGACAAGCCGGCAAAGACGUGCUCCUGUUCGUGCUGCCCCGGUUCACCGUUGACGGCGUCAUCCCCGGCGCGCUGCCGGAAGAGCGGCUCCACGGGGUCGGUCCUCCGGUGGAGCCAGCGGCUCAUCGGCCGGAGCCACAGCGACGGCAAGGAGAAGUUCGUCUUCCUGGACGCCAGCCCUUCCAACUCCGCCUCCAAGCGCAAGGGGGUCAGGAGCGGCGGCACGGAUGCUGCCGGCGGCCACGCGCACGUCUGGAGCUCGUACGCGCACAAGGGCGGCGGCAAUGACGGCCGCCGGAGGUCGUUCCUCCCGUACAGGCAGGACCUCGUCGGGCUCUUCGCCAGCGCCACCGCGUUCCGGCGGAGCUAUUACCCGUUCUGACGACGUACUGGAUCCGUAGAGCAUUUGGUCUGCAUGCAUCCUACUGUUUGAGUUUGUACUCUGCUUGUUUGCUUGUUGUACUAUUUUAUCAUCAUAUUGUAUUAUUGGUGACCUGAGCAUGUAAAAUCAAUUUCAUAUGUUCUUUCUUUUUCGGGUGAAUUUCA